GAAGUGCAGAGACCGAGUGGCAAGUGCGGUACAGGCAGCCUGGUGGAAACUCGGGCUCGCUAGUCGCGCUCAUUCAAAGAAGAAAUCUUCGCGGUCACACUUCGGCUCGGGAACGUGCGCGCGUGUCGACCACAAACGAGCUGGCACAAGAAAGUGAGAAAAAAAGGAAAACGCAACGGUUGAACAGCGUAGCAGCAUGCAGAUUGUGGCUGUUCGUUUGCAAGAAGGACUUCAAUCGCCUGCAAGCAACGAACGCGCACCGGGAUUUGCAACGGUUUGCGUGUGGGGAGGAAAUGGAUGGGAAAGUAGAAAGAAUUCUUUCUUUCUUAUAAAACAGUGGUAAAUGCAAGUGUUGGUAUUGUCCCCAGUGCAUACGCAAAAGCAGAGCAACUAAGAGGGCGAAGAAGAUGGUGGUAUACCAGUGCUCCGAACAGUGAAAUUUCAAACUUAACCGGUGAAGAAAAGUUCCUACCCACCUUCCUGCUACAUUGUGCCUGAUUGGUUGGUCGUUGAUUGAUGAUAAAUGCUGUAAUAAAUGCGUAGUUAGGUGUUUUUCAAGUGAUUCCUGCCAGUACAAACGGGUAAAUAGUGUGUCAAAUCCAGCAAUCCAGAAGAAAUAGUUCAAUAUACAAAGUGUGCAAAGGUGCCGAUCGUAUCGAUCGAGUAAAUUGUUCGGCUGCAUUUAAACGCGACCGCCAUGAAGAAAGGUGUGGAAACAGCAGCAGCAACGAAAGCGGUGGCUGCAGCAGCCGCCGCCGCAGCCGCAGCCAGUUUGGCGGAGAACGUCGAUCUCUGGGCGCAGCAGGAUUGGAUCAAAACGAUUCUAUCGAAAUCUGGGACGGAGAUGAAGGAACUGCCGGCAGAAGAUUUAUGCAAAAUGGUGUAUUAUUCUGGCCUUCCGUUGCUUAUGACGCAACAACAGCAGCAGCAACAGCAGCAGCAACAACAACAACAACACGGUCCAGACGGUACGAUACUACAGUUAAGCUACAACGAUGCAAACAGUACCGAACAGUACGUGGUGGCAGGGCAACCGUCUCGCCUCGGCGUCUCCCACCCUUAUCAGCAGCAGCAGCCCCAACAUCACACGAUCAGCCUCACGAACGGGCUUACGAUCAGCAACGGACCGCAGAGCUGUAGUAGCAGCAGCAGUAGUAGUAGCGGCAGUAGUUCCAGUAACGGCCAGCUGACGAUUGUGUUGAAUCCACCGGCGGCGGGUCAGCUCGUGAGCUUGGGUGGCUCCGCACUGCCCGGCACCUACACCGGUCCGAUCUCACCGGCGGGAGACAGGGGCGCCUCCUCCUCACCGGAACAGUCCACGUACCACCCGGUGCAGAGCGGCGGUGGCGGUGUCGGUGCUACGCCAGUCGGUUCCAAAUUUCGCUGCGACCAGUGCAACAUUAGCUUCGGUAGUAAGAGCGCCCACACCAGCCAUAUGAAAUCUCAUGCCAAACAGCAGCAGGCGAGCGAAAAGCUUACCGCCGCUGCCAAGCUGGGAGAAAGCACCAUUACUGCGAGUGGGGGCAGUGGUGGUACCGGCUCGCCGGCCGGCCCACAGCCCGACCCGUACCAGUGCGACGUGUGCAAGAAGACGUUCGCGGUGCCGGCACGGUUGGUGCGGCACUACCGCACGCACACCGGCGAGCGGCCGUUCGAGUGCGAGUUCUGCCAUAAGAUGUUCAGCGUGAAGGAGAAUCUGCAGGUGCACCGGCGGAUCCACACGAAGGAGCGCCCGUACAAGUGUGAGAUCUGUGGCCGAGCGUUCGAGCACAGCGGCAAGCUGCACCGGCACAUGCGCAUCCAUACGGGCGAGCGGCCCCACAAGUGCAACGUGUGCGGGAAAACGUUCAUCCAGUCCGGCCAGCUCGUCAUACACAUGCGAACACAUACCGGUGAGAAGCCAUACAAAUGCCCGGUGGAGGGUUGCGGCAAGGGUUUUACGUGCAGCAAGCAGCUGAAGGUGCACUCCCGGACGCACACGGGCGAAAAGCCAUACCAUUGUGAUAUCUGCUUCCGGGACUUCGGCUACAACCACGUGCUGAAGCUGCACCGCGUGCAGCACUACGGGGCCAAGUGCUACAAGUGCACGAUCUGCGACGAAACGUUCAAGAGCAAGAAGGAGAUGGAGGCCCACAUCAAGGGGCACGCGAACGAGCUGCCAGACGAUGAGGAGGCAGCGGCGGCGGCGGCGGCAUCGGAUGCUGGAGGCGCCUGCAAGCUGGAGGACGUGUCCACCGCGGGCACGGAAGGUUCGAUCAAGUUGUCGUCGUCAGCGCUGGAGGGUGGUGGUAGCGGUAGCAAUAGCAACAGCAGCAGCUCCUUCGACUAUUCGUCCAGCAUGAGCCACACCGAGGGAACGGAGCAGAGCGGCGGUCCGUCAAGCGACGAACCUUCGGGUCACUUUGCGAUUAGGAAAUCGGGUUCGUCUUCUCCAUCCUUCGCUGUGGGAGCGAACGAAGCAGGUCAGCAGGUGGGUGCCGACGAGGAGGAGGAGGAGGAAGAUGAGGAGAACGAUGAAGAAGAAGACGAAACGACGGACGAUGGUGAUCGCAAACAAAUGCCACGCUAUGAGAGUAUGGGACCGUCGUCGUUCGAUCAAUCGUUACAGCGCGCCUAUGGUGGCGGUGUCGCACCGGCACUGCUUGCUGCGGCCUCCAUUGCGGCGGCGGUGGAGAAUGGCUGCACGGUGGUGAAGUACUGUCCGGAGCUGAAGCAGCAGCGCUCGAUCUCCCCUGUGCAACCGUCGGCCCUGUCGAUCACGCGCAACACUCCACCACCGUCCUCGGGUUCGUCGUCAUCCUCAUCGUCCUCUUCAACGUCCUCCGUUCUGUCGAUGACACCGUCCGGGGGUACUUCCUCCACGCUGCUCGAACCGGCCGGGUCCAGUGCACCAUCCGGGCCCAGUGCGGGACAGUUUGUGUACGAGCCGAUGGCGAUCAUGAAGCACCACGGAUACUUUGCACCGGCAUCGCAGAUUACCGAGUUCCGCUCAUCCAGUGACAUUGUCCGGCAGGUGGAGGCGGCCAUUGCGGGCACAGAGAACCUUCUCACACCGCCCCGCUCCUCGCCGGAGUCGCCCGAUCGUUCCUCCUCGCCGGAAUCCGAUUCAGUAUUAAUGGCCGAUCGGGACAACAACACGCUGCCGCCGCGCAAGCGAAAGCUCUACUUCAAGGACACCCAGCAUACGGUGUCCGCCAGUCCAAAGAUGGCGUCGCUGGAGGUUACUGCACCCCAGCAUUAUGGUGUUACGGUAGUGCAGCCGACGCCGCAGCACCAUCAGCAACAACAACCUCCUCUCGAUGCUCAUUCCGGUCAUCAACAGCUGUUCCAUCCUCAUCAGCAGCAGCAGCAGGUACGGCAGCUGCAUUAUCAGCAGCAGCAACGACCAGAGGAUGAACGCUCCAUGAAGCAGGAUGUGCUGCAGCACGUGUCCGCAUGCCAGCGGCAACCAUCGCCAACACUGCAAGCACCAGCAGCACCAGCACCACCACAACAACCGCAACAAACGUCAGCACCGUCCGUCAUACGGAUGAGCUCCGUCAUUCAGUACGCAAACAAGUCCUCGUAGUGCGGCACUCAUUGAGGUGGUUAGCAGUAGUAGUUCGAGUAGUGGUAGUAGUAGUAGUAGUAGUAGUAGUAGUACUAUUUAUAUUGUAGUUUGUCGCAAAAUCGCCAACCGACCCGGAUCGGUGUGAGAGCCGUAGUUAUAAGUCAGCAACCAAUAACCUCACGCGAAUAGGCUAAGAAGAAACUGUGAAUUCACAUACACAACCUAUAUACACUCACACACCCACACACACAUCCAUACAUCCAGUGUUUCAACUACAAACUCAUCUUUAGUCGUACCGUACAUACGUAUAUAUAAACGUAUAUAAGGGGAUACUUUCGUUGUAUGGCCCCCGCUCGCCGCACCCACCAAUGGCAUGGGAAGGUGGCGGCAGCAAGAAGAAGAAGAAGCAGAAGAAGAAGAAGAAGAAGAAGCAAACAAAACAAGACUGUCUCAGGUUUAGUAAUGGGGAGAGAGGGAGGGAGGUAGGGAUGGGGAGGGUCCCAAUAACCCAUCCAAACUGGGGAAGGUUAAUUUAUAAAAGCGGUAACAAAAUAAUGCAUCAUUUUAUGUGUAGUAAUUUCAUCAUUCACUGUAAUCACUAAUCACCAGGCAAUAACAGCACAGUCUCAGGAGUUGGUUGGGAGUUAUUUUUUAUUUUUACUCAGAGGGCGAAGAGUAAGUGUAUCCAAUUGGAAAAUUAAACCCAGUGCAGAUACAUAGAUUCCCAUUGGGAAAAGACGGCAAGGAGAGAAGUGGUUGGUUUGAGGACAGUGGGCAAAGGAAGUUUGAAGGAAUCGUUAAAGACUGUUGAUCAUUGUCAAAUGUGUGUGUGAGAGAGAAAGAGAUAGUUUUUGGUUGUUGUAAAGACUGGGCGUGUAAUAAUGCUGUGUUGUGGGUGUGUGUAAUAAGCGAAAGACUAAGGAUGCAAAUCAUCAGCCUGAUUAAAAGAGGAAAAAAAGGAAAUAGAACAACAACCCAACAACGUCGUUCUUGUGCAGUUUAGAUAAAUAUACUACCACCACCACCACCACAGCAUACACAAUUAUACAAUCCCUUCUCCCUACAAGUGUAAGCACAUCCUUCCUACGCUAUGGUAUAUGUUACGCGUAUAUGUAUAUUCCGCUUCGAAAACGGUGGCCAUUUCUGAGACGAAAGACGAAAAGACUAGCCAGCAGAGAAGGAGAGAGAGCGAAGGAGAUAGAUAGUAAUAGUAAGGUGCAGCGCUUAAUUAGGAACGGUUCGAGUGCGUGUCCGUGUUUGUAUGUACGAGUUACGAGUGUGAUUGAGGUGGGAUUGAGUGGAGUACGAGUGGAGCGCGCGUACUGAGGGUAGCAUACAAUAGGAUAGGAAUAUAAUGAAAGAAAAAACCCGUAAACAGAAUAGACUGGAUGAUUUCCCAAAUUUGAAGCAACCGUUAAAUCUUUUAGAACUCGUAAGAAGGGGCAAAGAGUAAAGGGGGGGGGGGGGGGGAGGGGGGUGUAAACGAAUACGCAGAAGGAGAGAGACAGAGCGCGUGUGAAACGGAACUGAAAAUGCAAGGAACCAAUGCUUGGAGGAAGAAAAAGGAAAACAGAAAAAACGAUCACUCUAAAAUUAAGCGCGGGUGGGAGAAUGGAGUGUUGCAUUUACUUUUGAGCCAAAACCCCUCGCCAGUGAUGAGAAACAAUAGAGGGGAGGGGGGGGGGGUAGAGCUUUCAUUGCCCUUUUUGUUUAAGGGAUCUCUCUAGCCAAGCACUGUGCUUCUUCUUCCUCAAAAGUUAUCUUUAAGCUUACGCCAAUCUUUAAGUACGCCAAACGUCCCUGAGCAGUAGUAGAGGGAGAGCAAACAACAUCACGAUAUCUUUGGAGUUGAUUCAAUAUACAAUACAAAACCACAACAAAUAUCUCGAAUUCCUUUUUUUGUUUGUUUUUUUUUGUUUUUUAGCUGUUCCUUGUUUAAUGUCCCCACUGUUCUACUAUUAAAGCUUGCUGCUGCUGCUCCUGCACACUCUUCCCAUGGUUUUGUCAGUGCAGUGAUAGAGCGUUGUUAUUUGUUUGGCUGCUUUUUAUUACCACCUCUCGCCACUGAUCCGUUGCAGUACUUGGUUUUGGCUUUAUUAAAAAAAACAAACGAAAUGUUCAUCAAUCAGUUCCUUAGGAUGCAAAACAAAAACAUAAAAGAACUAGUUGUUAAUAAUAAUGAUGCAUGCAUGCUUGUUUUUAGGUUGGUUUUUGUUGUUGUACAUGUUUUGCGCUUCACUGCUCGCCCCCUUCGUCACUGUUUAGUCAUGUUUUUGUUUUUAAAUAUUAUUGUGCUGCGAAACACUUCCCUAUGACCAAAAUUAUACAUUUUUUAUUUGCAUUUUAUGUAAUAAUGUUAUUUAAAAAUAAAUAAAAACAUUCUAAACAUACAAAACGAACAACAAAAACAACUCCUCCAAUGAACUGAACUCGUGAAAAAAAAAACGUGAGAGGACACCCGCAUACAUAGGCGCAUACAUACCUACAUGCAAACACAUUCUCAAUUACGUUAAAUGCUUUGGGGGAGGGAAUGGAUGCUUCUUCAUAUGUUCAAAUAAGCUUCGAAUGUUCAGGAAGAAAUUUAGUGCUUAAUGAUGAAAAUGAAAACGUUCACUGGGUUUGGAAAAAUGAUUGAAAAUAGAAGCACACAGCGCAGGAUGUUGAAUUAUUUAAUUAUUUGUGCUUUUAAUGAAACUAUCUAGCUAAAUUGAAGAAAAAACAAAACAAAGGAAACAAUUGCGUUGCUCUAUAAGCCACACCGAAUAGGAGAGUACAGUGGAGAUAUGAAAAAGCUAGCUCACCUCAGUGUGGCAGUUAGGUGGAGUGUUGACAGCAGAAAAGAGCAGAAAAAUGAAACGAAACAGUUGAUAUUCCCUGUAGCACAGAAUAGCAACAUUCACAAGCACGCACGCACACAUGCACACACACACAUGCAUACAAGUGUAUGAAAGAAAUAGAAAGGAAGCAAAGAAAAAACAACAAUUCCUCUCCUACAGCGUGUGACACACGCACGCAAUGUUAGCGCAAUAGGAACACCACACUCAGGAAAUGCAAAUAAGAGCGAAUCUUGGCUUUAAACAGAUAAGAAAUUCUAGCUACACUGCAGUGUGUGCUUUGUGUGCGUGAGUAUGCUUGUGAGUAUGAAUGUUGCUUGAAUUUCGUCCUGGAGGCGGCCCCCGUUUUUUCAUGUCCUAGAAUAAAAUGCUUAAUCGCAAAGAGCGUAUGCCAUUUGGAACGUUUUAAAACAGUGCAUUAAAAUAA